AGAACGGAAAUGCCCAGCACAGUUCCUCGCUGUUGUUGCUCAGGUGAGCUCACUGAAAGUUUGUGAAAACAGCAGGAUGGCGGACGACGCGUACGAGUCGAUUCUCUGCGUUAAACCGGAGGUUCACGUGUACAAGAUUCCUCCACGGGCUUCUAAUCGGGGAUAUCGCGCUGCUGACUGGAAGCUGGACGAGCCUUCCUGGACCGGCCGCAUGAAGAUCACGGCAAAGGCCAAAAUCGCAUUUAUCAAACUGGAGGACAGGAACACAGGUGAGCUGUUUGCGCAGGCUCCAGUAGAUCAGUACCCCGGUGCAUCUGUAGAAGCCGUCACAGAUUCCAGUCGCUACUUUGUGGUCAAGAUUGAAGAUGGAAACGGACGACACGCGUUCAUCGGGCUCGGCUUCGCGGAUCGUGGAGACUCGUUCGACUUUAACGUGGCCCUCCAGGAUCAUUUUAAGUGGGUAAAACAGGAAGGUGAACUGGCCAAGCAGGAAGCCAAUCAGAGCACAGCUCCUAAACUGGACCUUGGCUUUAAAGAGGGACAGACCAUCAAGAUCAGCCUCGGGAACAUAAAGAAGAAGGACACAGCGGCCUCUAAAUCUCGUCCCGCAGGCGCUGGGGGUCUGCUCCCACCUCCUCCUGGUGGGAAAAGUGGUGGACUCUGCUCUCCUCCUCCUUCUGGCUCCGCCCACCAGAUCGCAACACCCACUCAACAGAGCACAGGGACGUUGCUGGAUUUUGGAGCUCCUCAAACUCAGGCGUCUCAGGACCAGUGGGGGGAUUUCACUGCUGCUGGAUCAGGCACGACUCAGGAAAGUGUGAAACCAGGAUGGGUGCAGUUUUGAUUGUGUGAACGGGUAUGCGUGCGUGUGAGUGUGUGUGAGUGUGUGUGUGUGUGUGUGUGUGUGGGCAGGAAGACACACAAACUCACACGCACACACACACACACAAGGACACACGCAGUUUGCCCUCAGAGCAAGGUGGAUGAAAAGCUGGAGAGAAAACACUGAACGUAUCUGAGAUGUGUUUUUCUCCUACACACACACACACUCAGAGUGAGUCGUGUCACGUGUGCACAUUUGUACGUUUUGAGCUCACUGAGAACAGAGCGAGGAUCCACAUUCCACUUUUUUGUUUAGGAAAGUAUUCUUGAAAUAUUUUUGUUUGUUUGUUUGUUUGUUUCUCGUGCAGUGGGAUCUGCUUUUAUCUUUUAUCUGUUGCUUUCUUUUUUCCCUUCUUUAAGGAUCAUGUCGUUUAUUUGUACGCUUUUAUGUGAAUCCACUUACAGAGCCGAGCAGCUGAGGUUUAUACAGUUAUGAAUAAUGUUUGUCCUCAUGACCUGUCCUUCAUCUCGGUGUUGUUUUGGACAUCACCGUUCAUUUUCCUGUGUGUCUGCAAAGCCUUUUUGGUUUUAUAUGCUAGCUCGCUGAUCGGUAUUGUUUUAUUUUGGGCCCGUGAAGGAACCAGUGAGUUUUAAAAAGGAAAAAAAAAGAAAUUAAAUGUAUGUAAAACUAAUGUUUGAAGCAGCGGUUUGUACAAAAAUGAAAUCUUUCACACAGAGUGGAGACGUGUUUGGUGUCCGUGAUGUUUUAGCAUUUUGCAAACUUGGUUUGUAAAUCAUCAGACACUUGCACCAUGCUAAACCGGAGGCUGUAGCUUUUCAUUUCAUGCUGGCUACAUUCUAGCCUCGUAGCACAAAACUAAGGAAGCAAACCUCAGAGUUCAGACACUAAACAUGUCCUGUAGUAGAUUUCUGGCAGAAGGAAGCUCGAACCGGUGUUAUUUCCUAUCUCUGAUUGCAUUCAGUCAGAACUCGUCUGUUAACGUCAGUGCAGAUUUUAUUAUUUCCCCUACACACACAUACACACACACACACACACACACACACACGUUUUAUGAAGCUGUUCUGGUAUCACUUUCUCUACUGUGAUAGCAUUUUAAGAGCUCAAUCUCUUCCCAAGUGCCUUUAAUUAUAGAAAAAAACAUGUAUAAAAUGUAAAGCAACACUUUAAUUUGUAAAUAAAAUCUUUUCUUUCCCUUUUCUGUCA